GGCCUCGGCUGGGGGAGGGCGGAGGGCGGAGGGAACGGGGAAGAGCUGGGAGACCCGAGCACGAGCGCUCCCGGUGCGCAGCCCGCGCGGACUCAGCCCGGCUCCCGCGGCCGCUCGCUCCUCUCCGCGGGGUGUGGACCCGGCGCCGCUCCGCCCGCCCGUGGACCCGCCGCGACGCUGCUUUCAACUUCUCUCGCUCCCGCCAGGAAUUUCGCCCGGGAGAGCUGCCUUGGGGUUACCGCUCCAGCUUUCCCACUUUGGAAUGUGCAGCUUGGGACUGUGAGAAAACGGGGCUCGGGGAGUGGUCCUGCUGGAGAGUUUCUCUCUGCAGGUUUCCAAGGUUCAGAAAUUCCGACCCACUGGAAUCCUCAGAGCCCGGGAAUUGAAGCCUGAAACGAUCUGUUGCUUUAAGCGGCGCGGUGGGGAGUAGCUGGACACUCCUUAUUUUGGUUUUACAUUAAAAAGAGGGAGGCGGAGAAGAUGUUGUAGGCUACUUCCUCGCAGUGUAAUUUGUUGUGGGGCUGUUGAAUGGUGUUAAUUUCUGAAGAGGGGCGACUCCAAAUGCAUGACAAAGAAUCCAAGUAACAAGAGGCCUUAGAAGGAUACCUACAUCCAGUCACCCCACAGAGAUCCACCAUUUUUGGCUCCCGGAAGAGGUUUGGGUUUGCCUCAAAUUGCACUCCAAAAUCUGAAUUGAGAAAUCAAGCAAGCAACCUGAACUUACUUCCCUGUACUUCGUGACCUACAUCCUACAAGGGACAAGACAAAUCAAAUUGGUGGUUUUGGAGUCAUCCCAGUUCUCCUUUUAUCAUGGAUGGAACCCGAGGGUGCCUACACUGUCAAAUGUGAAUGGAGCCUGUCACUUGUGGAAUCUCGGGAGAGAAGAGGCCAGCAGGCUUGUGAGCCACCUCGCUAGUGUUGCCAGGUCUGUCUGCAGGUUUCCUCCCGCCGUGGAUGCCUUUGACAUUAUGACCGCAGAAGAUUCCGCCGCAGCCAUGAGCAGCGACUCGCCCGCCGCCGCCGCGUCGUCCAAGGUGCCGGAGGGCGUGGCCGGGGCGCCCAACGAGGCGGCGCUGAUGGCGCUGAUGGAGCGCACGGGCUACAGCAUGGUGCAGGAGAACGGCCAGCGCAAAUAUGGCGGCCCGCCGCCCGGCUGGGAGGGCCCGCACCCGCAGCGCGGCUGCGAGGUCUUCGUGGGCAAGAUCCCGCGCGACGUGUACGAGGACGAGCUGGUGCCCGUGUUCGAGGCGGUGGGCCGCAUCUACGAGCUGCGCCUCAUGAUGGACUUCGACGGCAAGAACCGCGGCUACGCCUUCGUCAUGUACUGCCACAAGAGCGAGGCCAAGCGCGCCGUGCGCGAGCUCAACAACUACGAGAUCCGGCCCGGCCGCCUGCUGGGCGUGUGCUGCAGCGUGGACAACUGCCGCCUCUUCAUCGGCGGCAUCCCCAAGAUGAAGAAGCGCGAGGAGAUCCUGGAGGAGAUCGCCAAGGUCACCGAGGGCGUGCUGGACGUGAUCGUCUACGCCAGCGCGGCCGACAAGAUGAAGAACCGCGGCUUCGCCUUCGUGGAGUACGAGAGCCACCGCGCCGCCGCCAUGGCGCGCCGCAAGCUCAUGCCCGGCCGCAUCCAGCUGUGGGGCCACCAGAUCGCCGUGGACUGGGCCGAGCCCGAGAUCGACGUGGACGAGGACGUGAUGGAGACCGUGAAGAUCCUCUACGUGCGCAACCUCAUGAUCGAGACCACGGAGGACACCAUCAAGAAGAGCUUCGGCCAGUUCAACCCGGGCUGUGUGGAGCGCGUCAAGAAGAUCCGCGAUUACGCCUUCGUGCACUUCGCCAGCCGCGAGGACGCCGUGCUGGCCAUGAACAACCUCAACGGCACCGAGCUGGAGGGCUCCUGCCUGGAGGUCACGCUGGCCAAGCCGGUGGACAAGGAGCAGUACUCGCGCUACCAGAAGGCGGCCAAGGGCGGCGGCGGCGGCGCGGCCGAGGCGGCGGUGGUGCAGGCGCCCAGCUACGUGUACUCCUGCGACCCCUACACGCUCGCCUACUACGGCUACCCCUACAACGCGCUCAUCGGGCCCAACAGGGACUACUUCGUGAAAGCAGGCAGCGUAAGAGGCCGGGGUCGAGGUGCAGCUGGCAACAGAGCCCCAGGACCCAGGGGUUCCUACCUCGGGGGAUAUUCCGCUGGCCGUGGCAUAUAUAGUCGAUAUCAUGAAGGCAAAGGGAAGCAGCAAGAUAAAGGAUAUGAACUUGUACCCAAUUUGGAAAUCUCAGCCGUGAAUCCAGUUGCCAUUAAGCCUGGUACAGUGGCCAUCCCGGCCAUUGGGGCCCAGUAUUCCAUGUUUCAGGCAGCGCCAGCUCCGAAAAUGAUCGAAGAUGGCAAAAUCCACACCAUGGAGCAUAUGAUCAGCCCCAUUGCCGUGCAGGCAGACCCAGCCAGUGCUGCUGCUGCUGCAGCCGCUGCAGCCGCCGUCAUUCCUGCUGUGUCAACACCACCACCAUUCCAGGCCCGCCCAAUAACUCCAGUAUAUGCCGUGGCUCCGAACGUUCAGAGAAUUCCCACUGCCGGCAUCUACGGGGCUGGUUACGUUCCAUUUGCUGCUCCCUCCACAGCCACGAUUGCCACACUACAGAAGAAUGUCGCCGCCGCCGCUGUUUAUGGAGGCUACGCAGGCUACAUACCUCAGCCCUUCCCCGCUGCUACAAUUCAGGUCCCCAUCCCUGAUGUCUAUCAGACAUACUGAGACUGCUGACGAGAGCGGAGACAAAUCACACAACUACCACUGAAGGAACACUUUUACUAUUUAUGAAGAAAGAGCGUGUUGGAUUCGCACGCAUGAAACCUGAAAGUGAAGAAUGUUAUCCAAUAACAUCCUGAAAUAUUUUAUACACAUGAAGUUUUCACUAGUUUUUUUUUUUUUUAAGACUAUUUUCAGUUUAGCAGGCCUGUAUUCAUACAUUUCUAAGAGACUUGUGGUGGUGCGUGCCUUAAUACCAUCUCUUAAAAAUUUGUAUGCUAUAUUAUAGCAUAUUUGUAUAGAGGUUUUUGUUUUUUGUAUUUUUAAGGGUAUAUUUUCAGUAUGAAGGUUAUUUUCUUAACUUCUGCACUCCAGAGAUUUCUAUUUUGUAGUACCUUCAAUAAUAUAUCAAUUGUAUAUUAAAAGCACGUUUGUAGCUGAGGAGCUAUUUUGAAAAACAGUCACUUUUUAAAGAUACAAACAACAGUGCUUUAAAAAUACUACAUAAAAUCUUAUUUUAAAACUUAUACUGGAAAGUGCAAUUUUAAAAUGAAUAAAACCUCUAUUUCUUCUGGCAUUAAGGGUUGAUGGUAUCACCAUGUGUUAUCGAUGGUGGUUCAGCUUUUUUUUUUUUUCCCUCAAAGAAAUUGAACAUCGAAUCUCUUCCUUAAGCCAAGAUUGAAAAACUGUGUCACACUUCUGAGUCCAAACACUGGAAAGCUCUCACCUGCCACCAUUACCCUGCUCAUGUCCAAUGUGCCUUUUCUCUGAAAUGUUUUCUCCCCUUCUGUCCUUCCACACUCCCAUAUAUUUCCUUGUUCAUCCCGCUCCCCUAGUCUCCCAAUCCCACUUAUGAGUUUGCCAAGUCUAGAAGAUGAAUUUCUAUGAGAGAGAAAACAUUAAUGGCUUUUAUACUCAUCCUGGGUCUUUGUUGGGGGGUUCUGUUUCAUUGAGGGUGUUUUGUUUUGUUUGUUGUUUGUUUGGUUGAGAUUUUUCCUAGCAGUAUAUGUAAGCACAAGAUUUAGUUUUCAUAAGACAUCUUUGCAUAGCUAUUUAAUUGUCCAACAUACAAGUUUUAAGUCCUUUUCUAGCUUUUAUUUUAUUCAUUUUUGAAGUUUGUGUUUGUAGAGACAGAGAAUGUUAUUUUUAAAAAGACUCUUGUGGCAGAAAACUAUGGCUAUGCUUCUGGGUGCCUUAUGUUUUGGACAAGGUGUCUAAUUAUCAAGGGGUUUGGAAAGGAUUAUCUAUACUGAAUGGGGCUUUCUCCUGUCACUGUUCUUGUUAACAGGUGAAUUGAAAUGGAGCUUUCACAUCCAGGAGAAUGAAAGAUCCAUGGGAGUUAAAAAUGUAGUUUGUAAAUAUAUCUUAAUGCUCCUUUUUAGUUGUUCUAUGUUGCAAAGUUUCAUGCUAUAGUGUAAAGCAAAAAUGAAACCAUUUUAUUUCAAGGUUAUUAAAAAGUUUGUUUUAUUAGGAGAGAAGGAAAUAUAUAUUUUUUGCAGUGUUUUGUGCCUAUCUAAAAGACUUUUGUUUAGCAGAAUGAAUGUAAAAUAUGGUAAAAUAUUAAGAUUGCCAUCUACUUUGUGAAAUGCAUCAACUUGGAAUGUUUUUUAAGGCUCUAUCCAGGAAGUGAGGUGUGCAAUAGGUAGCAAGAACACACAUGUGCUUUUCUGUCAUAUUAGAAAUCUGUAAAGCCUCCAGUCCCUGGAUUUCUGCUAAUGAAUGGCUGGGUCCUUGUUUGUAGAUCAAUAACAGGACAUUGCUGUCUGCAGAUUGUUGUUUUGUCUUAAAUUUUAAAUCAGGAAAUUCCCAAGUGCCCUUCCCCACCCUCUCAUCUUAGGGUGAGAUGAAUUUUUAUAUGUAAACAAUAUUUAUUUAACUAUUUUAUAAAAUGAGUGCCUGCAAAGGCCUUUAAACAUUCUUACCAUUCCCCUCUAUUCUUAAAUGACAAAGUAAUUGUGCAAUGACCCCAAAGACGAUAUCCCCAGCAAGCUGCAUUCAAACUUGAAAUGCUUAGGAAGAGUAACCCAAGUAGUGCUGUUUGGCUCUGCUUCGCUGCCCUUGACUCUGUGUGAAAGAAGGACUAUCCUUCCAGGGAAGGAUUGUCACAGAGGUUCAUUGGCUGACAACUGAUCCAGUGUGUCUUACUGUAUUUUACAUGUGCCUGUCAAUUAUUUGCCAAAAAGAAAAAGAUAGGGAAAGGGGAAAAAAAAAAAAAAAAGAAGGGGGGGUGGGAGGGAGAUGAGAACAAAUGUUGAUGGUGAAGCCAGUUAAAAUCAGUGAGCCUCCUGUCUCUUGUUUUUCUGUUGUUUCAAAAACCAUUUCACAUACACUACUGAGGUAAGUUUAUAACUUGAAAUGUGAACUUUUUUUUAGGGUUAAGAACAAACUAUAUAAAUAUUUAAAAAAAAAAAAGGCUUUUAGAAUUCUGUUUUCAGCCAUGCUAGUAGUUUAGUUGUUACCUUGAACCGCUUUGUACUGGAAAAGCUUUUCAAUUUAUUUAGAUGUUGCUCCAUAUACAGUACAUUCUCAGGAUGUAUGUAGUGAAUAAAGCUUUCUUUAAAACAA